UCCGAGCCUCCUCUCGGAGCUGCGCGUCUCUCUGCUGGCUGUCCCCCUUGCCCAAGCCCCGAGUCCGCCCCUGAUCUCCUCCGCCUCAGCCCCCGCCACACUCGGCUCCCUGCGGAGAUGCCGCUCCGGGCCGUCCCCGCGUCAGGGCGCCCCCGGCGGGGCGGCGUUCUCCGGAGCCAGACCGCGCCGGGGCUGCGGCUGCUGCUGCUGGGCGCGUGUCUGUUCGCCUGGCCCUGGGGCUCGGAGGCGGCAGGCGCCCGCCGGCCCAAUGUGGUCCUGAUUCUCACCGACGACCAGGAUGACCUGCUUGGCGGCAUGACUCCACUAAAGAAAACCAAGGCCCUCAUUGCAGACAUGGGAAUGAGUUUCUCUAGUGCUUAUGUUCCAAGUCCCCUUUGCUGCCCCAGCAGAGCCAGCAUUCUUACAGGGAAGUACCCACAUAAUCAUCAUGUUGUUAACAACACGUUGGAAGGAAACUGUAGCAGUAAGUUAUGGCAGAAGAUUCAAGAACCAUAUACCUUCCCAGCAAUCCUCAGGUCCAUGUGUGGUUAUCAGACCUUUUUUGCUGGGAAGUACUUGAAUGAGUAUGGAGCCCUGGAUGCUGGAGGAGUAGAACAUGUGCCUCCAGGAUGGAGUUAUUGGUAUGCAUUGGAGAAGAAUUCUAAGUACUACAAUUAUACUCUUUCAGUCAAUGGGAAGGCACGGAAGCAUGGUGAAAACUACAGUCUGGAUUACCUGACAGAUGUGCUGGCUAAUGUCUCUUUAGAUUUCCUGGACUACAAGUCAAACUCUGAGCCUUUCUUCAUGAUGAUUUCUACUCCAGCACCUCAUUCUCCUUGGAUUGCUGCUCCCCAAUAUCAAAAGAGCUUCCAAAAUGUCAGUGCGCCAAGAAAUAGUAAUUUUAACAUUUAUGGGAAGAACAAGCAUUGGCUAAUUAGGCAAGCCAAGACCCCAAUGACUAAUUCUUCAAUACAGUUUUUAGAUGAAGCAUUUAGGAAAAGAUGGCAGACUCUGCUGUCAGUUGAUGACCUGGUAGAGAAAUUGAUAAGAAGGCUGGAUUUUCAUGGGGAGCUAAAUAACACCUUCAUUUUUUAUACAUCAGACAAUGGCUAUCACACAGGGCAGUUCUCCUUGCCUAUUGAUAAACGGCAGCUGUAUGAAUUUGAUAUCAAAGUUCCAUUGCUGGUUCGAGGGCCUGGGAUCAAAGCAAAUCAGACAAAUCAGAUGCUCAUUGCCAACAUUGACUUGGGUCCCACUAUUUUAGACAUUGCAGGCUAUGACUUGAACAAAACUCAAAUGGAUGGAAGGUCCCUGUUGCCCCUCAUGAGAGGAACCAGUAAUGUAACUUGGAGAUCAGAUGUCCUGGUGGAAUAUCAAGGAGAAGGAUAUAAUGGCUCUGACCCAACUUGUCCUGCUAUGGGCCCUGGAGUCAGUCAAUGUUUUCCAGACUGUGUGUGUGAAGAUGCUUAUAAUAACACAUAUGCUUGUGUGAGGACAAUGUCAAAGUCAUGGAAUUUGCAGUAUUGUGAAUUUGACGAUCAAGAAGCCUUGACAUUCAAUCUGAUCACUCAGUUUUUUCCUGUGUUCAGAGGUAAUGCAGAAGUCUUCACUGUACCAGGUGGUCCAAGAGCAGAAAAUAUCUCACUGAAGUCUAACUUAGCUGCUCCACAACUUAAGAAAAGAUGA